CGUCGAUGGUGUGGGGUCCAAUCCCUGAAUGGCGCAUGUGCCCUCCACGUGUCCUCCGGCCACGCUAUUAAGCUUACAGGUUUCUAAUAUCUUCUGCUUCAUGCAGACACCCUUUGAUAAUUCCCAUUCCCAUUUCCAUUAAUGUUGCUCAGUUUCGAUGUCUGAAUUCUGCAAUCGCAUUUUCAGAUUAACCGGAAAGAAUUUCCGGCGGAACGCCGACGACUCGCCGGCGGAUUGCUACGCCUGCGCACAAUCGGGGCCGGUUUUCCACUCGACCAAGUGCAACCCGGUCGAAAAGCCGGAGUGGGAUUCGACCGCCGGUUCGUCGCUCGUCCCGAUCGCCGGUCGGUCCGGCGGGGUCUACGAGGACCGGCGCCGGUUCAUCAUCGACCCGCGGAGCGUCAACGUGCAGAGAUGGAAUCGGACGGUCGUGAUGGCUCGAGGGGUAGCGCUGGCCGUUGAUCCUUUGUUUUUAUUCGCGAUUUCGAUCGGCGGCGGCGGUGGCGGCGGAAGGCCGUGUAUUUAUGUGGAUGGUGCGGCGGCGGUGGCGGUGGCGGUGGUGCGGAGUUGCGUGGAUUUGGUGCACGUGUGCCACCUGGCGGCGAGGUUCCGGCUGGCCUACGUGUCAAGGGAAUCGCUCGUGGUGGGGUGUGGGAAACUCGUGUGGGAUGCACGUGCCAUAGCUUCACAUUAUUUGAAGACUUGGAAGGGCUUCUGGUUCGAUUUGUUCGUCGUAUUGCCAAUCCCUCAGGCUAUGUACUGGCUUGUAGUUCCAAAACUUAUACGAGAAAACAAAAUCGGGUCGACGAUGACUAUACUACAACUAACAUUCCUACUUCAGUUCAUACCGAAAGUCUAUCAUUGUUUUAGCUUAAUGCGCGGGAUGCGCAAAGUCACCGGCUACAUUUUCGGGACUAUUUGGUGGGGAUUCGGUCUCAAUCUCAUAGCCUAUUUUCUCGCUUCUCACGCAUCGGGAGGGUAUUGGUACAUCCUAGCCGUCCGUCGUAUAGCGUCAUGUCUUACACAACAAUAUAAUGCAAGAAAUUGGAACGUCUCGUUGUCUUGCUCGGGGCAAGUAUGUCAUUCGACACAAGACAUGUCGUGUUUUCAUAACUCGACAACUACGGCUAAAAGAAGCACGUGCUUGGAUAGCGAUGGACCGUUUCCGUAUGGGAUUUUUGAGUUUGCACUUCCUCUUAUGACGAGCAAUUCUUUCGCGACGAAAGUCCUUUACUCGAAUCUUUGGGGACUAAUGGCUCUCAGCACUAUGGGAAACAAUCUCGAGCCAACGAGCCAUUGCUUGGAAGUGUUAUUUUCGAUGACCAUGGUGUUAGCCGGCUUGCUUCUAUUCACCUUGUUGAUCGGAAACAUUCAGGUUUUUUUGCACGCCGUCAUGAUGAGACGACGAAAAAUGCAAUUACGAUACAGAGACAUGGAAUGGUGGAUGAACCACAGGCAAUUACCUUCCCAUCUGCGACGACGGGUGAAAAAAUACGAACAUCAGAUAUGGAAGAUGACUGGAGGGCAAGACGAGAACGAACUGAUCAAAGAUUUGCCCGAGGGGCUUCGGCGCGACAUCAAGCGACACAUUUGCUUAGAUCUGAUUAGAAAGGUGCCAUUGUUCCACAACUUGGACGAUCUUAUCCUCGACAACAUCUGCGACCACGUAAAGCCUCUCGUCUACUCGAAACACGAAAAGAUCAUCCGAGAAGGCGAUCCGGUGAAACGGAUGACUUUCGUCGUCUGCGGACAAGUCAAGCGGAGUCAAGGCCGGACCAAAGGCGCAGUGGCGACGAGUAUUUUGGAGACGGGUAGCUUUCUCGGAGACGAGCUGAUUUCGUGGUGCCUUCGUCGCCCAUUUCUCGACCGGCUCCCGGCGUCGUCGGCGACGUUCGUAUGCACUCGUCCGGCGGAAGCAUACGCUCUCGAGGCCGAGGAUUUGCGAUACGUAAUACAACACUUCCGUUACCAUUUCACGAACGAUACCGUAAGGCGAGCGACGAGGUACUACUCGUCGAACUGGAGGACAUGGGCCGCCGUCAAUAUACAGCUGGCCUGGCGGCGACAUGUCGGGAGAACACGGCGAGGAAAUUCAGUCGAGAACGACGGCGGCGGCGGCGGUGACGGCGGGAGUCGCCGGCUUCGAAAGUAUGCUUCCAUGUUUCUUUCUUUUAGGCCUCAUGAUCAUCUGGAGUGAGGCAAAAUUGAAGCUUUUGAUUUCCUGUAUGUUCUUUGUCGAAUCUCAGGGCCAAAAAAUGAUCCCUAUGAUGUAAGAACAUAAAAGUCUCACCAGAGAACAUUGAUAUAUCUAAGGAUAGAGUUGAC